AUGGGAGUUCCAGGUUUGUUGCCUUACAUGAAAAAAGCUUGUCAAGAGGGUAACAUAUCUCAAUUUGAGGGAAAAUCUUUACUUGUAGAUGCUAGUUGUUUAUUACAUCGUGGUCUUAUUGGGUGUGCAGAGAAAAUAGCAAUGAGACAAGAAACUGAUUUUUAUGUUGGCUAUGUUUGGAAAUAUGUUAAACUUUUAUUAGCUCGGAAAUGUCAUGUUAUUUUAGUUUUUGAUGGCCGUCCUUUACCUGCUAAAAAGACAACAAAUGAUUCAAGAAGAGAAUCUAGAGAAAAAUACCAAAUUUUAGGAGAACAAUUAAUGAGCCAAGGAUUGAAAGGAGAAGCAUUCCAAGCAUUUUGUCGCGGCGCGGAAUUAACUAGGGAUAUUUCAUUCAAAAAUGUCAAUAAUGUUGAUGUUAUUGUGGCGCCGUAUGAGGCUGAUGCUCAAAUUGCUUAUAUGGUUCAAAAAGGAUGUGCACAUGCAGUCAUUACUGAAGACUCAGAUCUCAUUGUUUUUGGUUGUGAUAAGAUUAUUUUCAAAAUGAAUCCAACAGACGGUUCUUGUGUUAUUUACGAAAAAGAAAAAAUGCCAAAUUGUUUAUGUCCCAUUUUACGACGUAAAUUUCAAUUUCCAACAUUUCGACGUAUUUGUAUUUUGGCUGGUUGUGAUUAUUUACAAGGAGGUCUUCAAGGUGUUGGAUUGAAAGGAGCUGAAGAAAUCUUUGCAAAAACAAAUCAACCUGAAUUAAAAACACUUUUACCUCGUUUGCCGCUUUAUCUAAACAAAAGAAUGAGAGCAAAAUUGGAUAAAAAUUUUGUGAAUGAUUUUAUUAAAGCUGAAAAUACUUUUCUUUAUCAAGUUGUAUAUGAUCCAAAUCUGAGACAACAAGUCCCGCUGAAUGCCUAUCCAGUAGACGAAGAAGAAAAGGAAAAUUCAAUGUCACCAAAAGAAUCUGUAAAAUAUCCAUAUGCUGGAGAGGUUUUCUCUCCUCGAAAAGCAACUCGUCUCGCACUUGGAAAUCCUGAAAAUAAAUUACAUCUGCCAACAAUAGCAGAUGAAUUUGUAUUUCCAAAUAAAAUUCCGGAAUGGUCAAUUUGGAAUUUAAAUUAUAAAAAUAUUUUAGAAAGAAAAGAGGAAGAUGAAGAAUUAAUUUUAGAAGAAAGAUUUGGGGCUUUUAAGCCACCAAAAUCUCCAAUAAUAAAGAAAAGGCGUGCUGCUGAAUUAAUUGGAAUUCCUUUAUCUGAAGGCGAAGCUGAAGAAAUUGGAAAAACUUUAGAAGAGAAAAAUAAAAAACGGCGAUUUUCGGAAGUUGAAACGGGUCUUUCAACCCCAAAAAAUGGUAUUUACUCUCGAAUGAGUUGUGACGAUUGGAUGAGAAAAUAUGGAAUGGAUAAGAGUAAUUAAAAUGAAAAAAACGGAGAAAAUAUUUUCUGAUUCUUUUUUUGUAACAAACAUAUUCGAGUCCGUAACCGGGAAUAGGAAAAGGGGGGGG